CCCCCUCUCUUUCUUUACUCAGAGAGAGAGAGAGAGAGAGAGAGAGAGAGAGAGAGCUAUUGGUGGUGCUUCUCCAGUCCCUACAUCUCUUGAAGCUCAUUCACUCAUGGCCCCCUUCUCUCUCAACCGUUUUAUUUUCUCUGCUCUUGUUACAUGCUCACCAUUCUGAAAAAUUCGACUCAGAGAUUUGUUGAACAGUAUCUUCUUUGCACUCUUCUGUUUUUUAUUAUUAUUAUUUGCAGCUGUAAAUCCUGUAAUCAGGGUUUUUGCCUCUGGUUUGGGAGUUGUUUAAUGAAGGCAUGAACAAGAGGAUGCCUUUUAUGCUGAAGCUCAAAAUGGGUUUCUUGAAGCUGUUUUUGCUGUUCCUAUGUUUGCAAAAAUCUUAUGGCAGCCAGUUGAAUUACCUUAAAGAUUCUGCAUUAACAGAUUCAGAUGGUGCCUCUCCUGAUAUCUCCCCAACUGGGGCUAUUGAGCCCUUUCUUCCUCUUCUUGCUCCUUCCCCAUUGACACCUUUCACAAACCGUACUGUCCCGAAACUAUCAGGGCUGUGUGUGUUAAACUUCAGUGCUGCUGAAAGUUUGAUGAGCAUAACUGCAAUUGAUUGCUGGUCCAUAUUUGCACCAAUGCUGGCUAAUGUUAUAUGUUGUCCACAGUUAGAAGCCACUCUUGCUAUUCUUAUUGGUCAAUCCAGUAAAGAGACCAAUAUGCUUUCUUUAAAUGAAACCCUUUCCAAGCAUUGCAUUUCUGAUAUUGAGCAGAUCUUGGCGGGCCAGGGUGGGGCCGAAAAUCUUGGGGAGAUGUGUUCAAUUCUUCCAACAAACCUCACCGAAGGCUCUUGCCAAGUAAAAGAUGUUAAUGAGUUUGAGAACAAUGUAAAUACUUCGAAGCUGCUUGCUGCCUGCAAGAAGAUUGAUCCAGUGAAAGAAUGUUGUGACCGAAUUUGUCAGGAUGCCAUAGCAGAAGCAGCUACAAAAAUUGCAAUGCAGGAUUAUCGCUUGUUAGGCAUGGAUGGAUCUCAAGUGUUACCUGAGCACUCGACUAAGGUGGACGAUUGUAGAAGUAUUGUCCUUCGUUGGCUGGCAAGCAAACUCAAUCCUUCGCAUGCCAAAGAAGUUCUCAGAGGAUUAUCAAAUUGCAAUAUUAAUAGAGUUUGCCCUCUAGCUUUCCCCGACAUGAAACACGUAGAAAAAGGCUGCAAAAAUGACAUAAGUAACACAACAAUGUGCUGUGGUGCCAUGGAGAGUUAUGUGGCUCACCUGCAGAAGCAGAGCCUUAUAACCAAUUUGCAAGCUUUGGAUUGUGCUACAACAUUAGGAAUGAAGUUACAGAAGUCAAACAUUACGAGAAAUAUUUUUAGCCUUUGUCAUUUAAGUCUCAAGGAUUUCUCUCUCCAAGUCAAACAAGAGUCUGGAUGCCUUCUGCCUAGUUUGCCUUCAGAUGCAACCUUGGACGAGUUUACCGGGAUCAGCUUCAUUUGUGAUCUCAAUGACAAUAUUCCAGCACCAUGGCCCUCUUCAUCUCAAUUAUCAGCGUCAUCAUGCAAUAAAAAGGUCAAAAUACCUGCGCUUCCCGCAGCAGCAUCUGGUCAAAAUGGUCUCUACAAUGAAGAUUUGAUAUAUUAUUUGCUCUUUACCUCGUCGGUGGUCAUCACGAUGCUCCUAUAGUCUCAGUUCGAUACAUUCUUGCACCUUCCAUCUAUGUAAGAACCAGAGGCUCUUCACAAUACAAAUCUAUGAAUCUUCAUAGAAAAUAGAUGAUGCCAGGAAGUCAUGGGGAAAAAGAGCUGUUCUGUACUUAUCAAGCCGAAACUGUGCCUACCAAAAGGAAAUAGGUUUGGAGAGAUUGCAGCAUUAGGUGCAUUCAAAUUUGUGUUCCUAAAUAUAAUAAUUAAUUAUUCAUGAGAACUGUAUAAUAAAUUGUUUUUUGUAAAGAUUUGUGGUGAAGAUGUAUUACAGAGUUUCAAAGUUGAAUAUAUUGACUAGUCUUUAGACUAUUUAGAACA